UGUAUGAACUUUUCUACUACCUUCUUUGAGGAAAAUUUUCUACGAAUCUGGCAGCACUUUCGAUCAGCUGUUGUUUUGUUUAUUUGGCCAGCCUUCAAUUUUCGAUUUCCAUUUUUUUUUCAAAAAAAUAAAAGUUUGACUGAAGAAAAGGAACUAUCCUUAAUAUACGAAUUGGCACAAAUUGGGCAAUUUAGGGAUUUACGAAAAGCAAAAACCAACCAUAGGUAUUCGAAAGCACAAAAUAACGUGGUAACAAAAAGUUAAGGAAGGUGGAGCCGUCGGCCAGACUGUCAAUCGUAAAAAGAGUGUGUCAUGAACACAGGGCAACGACCAACAACCGUGGACGCCAAAUUGUGCCAUGAAGGGCGUUUGAGUUUAUAUUGCUAUCUAGGUACAGGUUUUGUUGUAUUUAUUGCAACAGCUCCACAAAUCUACUAUGACACCGUACCAGAUGUUUGGGGUGCUAUCAUGUGGGGGCCGGUCUUAUACUAUGCGUUAAUUAAUAUGGUUAUUCGUUAUUUAUUGCGCGACAACGACUAUCAGAUUGCGCUACGCUCUUCCUUCUUGGGGUUUGUUGAAGCGAUCAGUGUGCUUAUAGUACUAUUUGCGCCUAAUGAUUUAAAACAGUUCGGCGUUUAUGCAUUCUUUAUGGCAUUUUUCCAUUAUUCAGAAUUUCUAGCCAUUGCGUGGUGUAAUCCAACCAGCCUUUCGGUAGAUUCAUUUAUAUUGAAUCACUCCAUACACUAUGCACUGGCAGCAGUGGCUAGUUGGUUCGAGUUCGGGCUAGAAGUAUGGUUGCUGCCAAGUUUUAAAGGUUUCUAUUACAUUUGGCUAAUUGGUGUGGUACUUUGCACAGUUGGCGAAAUUAUACGAAAAGUAGCUAUGAUAACUGCACGCAACAGUUUUACGCAUUUGGUGCAAUACGAAAAAGCUGAUAAUCAUAAAUUGAUAACACACGGCAUUUAUGCGUAUAUGCGACACCCAUCGUAUGUUGGCUGGUUUUGGUGGUCUGUGGGCACACAAAUAAUACUGCUCAAUCCGUUAUGCAUAUUGAUCUACACGAUUGUCUCGUGGAAAUUCUUCCACGAUCGCAUUUACAUGGAGGAAAUUACUUUACUGAAUUUCUUUCGCUCAGAUUAUCAUAAAUAUCAGCAAAAUGUGCCCACUGGUUUGCCAUGCAUUAAUGGAUAUUUGCUGGACUAGCUGCAACCAACUGCUGAAGCAAGUGAGCUGGAGUUGCAACCAUGUGCUGUGCAAGUGAACACCAUUUCUUAAAGUAAGCUUAUCAAAGAUGCACUUUAACAGUAAUUACUAAGUGUGUAUUAAAAAGUAGUAGACAACUAUGUACGUAUUUAUUUGGGAUUUUUUCGUUUUUAAGCAAUAAUCUAUUGUAAAUAGCAUUUUCUAACAAAGCAUAUAUACAUAUGUUUCAACUAAAAAUAAGUUGUUGAGUUGCUUAUUUAGUUAAUAAUGAAUUUUAACAAUAUGUAUCUACAUAAGUCAUAUCGAGCAGGGACUAAAAAUUAA